CCCAGGUUCCCCUUCCGGGAGCGCAGGUGGCGGCCGCGGUGGUGGUGUCUUCCCCUCGGCCUGCAGCUGGCCUGCGACCAUGGCAGCUGGGAUGCGCGGGGCUGCCCUGCGCCUCUGCGCCGCAGUUUUGUUGCUUGAUGUGGCCCUCUGUAAAGGAUUUGUAGAAGAUUUAGAUGAAUCGUUUAAAGACAAUAGAAAAGAUGACAUUUGGCUUGUAGAUUUUUAUGCACCAUGGUGUGGUCACUGUAAAAAACUGGAACCGAUUUGGAAUGAAGUUGGUCUUGAGAUGAAAAGCAUUGGUUCGCCAGUUAAAGUGGGAAAGAUGGAUGCUACUUCCUAUUCUAGCAUUGCUUCAGAGUUUGGAGUUCGAGGUUAUCCAACAAUUAAGCUAUUAAAGGGGGACUUGGCGUAUAAUUAUAGAGGACCACGGACUAAAGAUGACAUUAUUGAGUUUGCUCACAGAGUAUCUGGAGCUCUCAUCCGGCCACUUCCAAGUCAGCAGAUGUUUGAGCACAUGCAGAAGAGGCAUCGUGUGUUUUUUGUGUACAUAGGUGGAGAGUCACCUUUGAAGGAGAAAUACAUAGAUGCUGCUUCAGAAUUAAUUGUAUAUACAUACUUCUUUUCUGCCUCAGAAGAGGUGUGUCCUGAGCACAUAACACUGAAGGAGCUGCCCGCCGUGCUUGUUUUCAAAGACGGAGCGUACUUUGUGUACGACGAGUACGAAGAUGGUGACCUGUCAUCUUGGAUCAACCGGGAGAGGUUUCAGAAUUACCUGACUAUGGACGGCUUCCUCUUGUAUGAACUUGGAGACACCGGGAAGCUCGUGGCUGUCGCAGUGAUCGAUGAGAAAAAUGUGUCAGUCGAACAUACCAGAUUGAAGUCAAUUAUUCAGGAAGUUGCUAGAGAUUACAGAGAUCAGUUCCACAGGGAUUUUCAGUUUGGACAUAUGGAUGGAAGUGACUAUAUAAACACCUUGCUGAUGGAUGAAUUGAAUGUCCCAACUGUCGUUGUACUGAACACUUCAAACCAACAGUACUUCUUACUAGACAGACAGAUUCAGAGCACUGAAGACAUGGUCCAGUUCAUCAAUAGGAUUUUGGACGGCACAGUCCAGGCCCAAGGAGGUGAUAGCAUUUUGCAGAGACUGAAAAGAAUGAUAUUUGACGCCAAAUCCACCAUUGUGUCCGUAUUCAAGAGCUCCCCGGUCAUGGGCUGCUUCCUCUUCGGCCUGCCUCUGGGUGUCAUCAGCAUCAUGUGCUACGGCAUCUACACGGCCGACACGGACGGAGGCCACCUGGAGGAGCGGUACGAAGUGUCCAGGAGCGAGCUGGAGAGCCAGGAAGCGGACGAGGAGGAGGAGAGCGCAGCUGAGCAGGAGCCGCGGGGCGGGCGCCCUCUGCUGCCUGCGGGGCAGGGGCCCAAGGACGUGCUAGAGAAGAAGACAGACUGAGACUUAGCUCGGGUUUCAGAUGAUUAAAGAGUCUAUUUAUUGAAUUCACACAUUUAAUCAUGAUCUUUACAGAAGAGAACAAGUUAUUUGUAUUUUGCUAAUAUCAACUGCAUGGAUUAAAGUAGUCCUUCAUAAAUGGGGAGAUGUUUGGAGCAAAGAGAGGAAACAUUUGUCGAAAACAAAAAAUACUCCAUCGAAGAUGACCUUCUAGAUGUUCAAACCGAUCAGUUCUGUGCGCAUGGUUUUUUGUGUGAAUAUUCGGCAACAGAAUUAAGAUUCCUGGGCAGAAUAUUUCAGUGGGUCUGUCGGGUAGAAGGUUUGAUAGGAAAAACUAGCCCUUCCACCUCCUAGCAUCGUCCUCUUAUAUUUUAGAUAAAAUUUAUAAGGACAAAAUUAAGUCUUGAAAAUUUAGGCACUUUAAGGCGAACUAAUAACUUUUUCCAUGGGUCAAUUUAAGAUUAUGAAAUUUUAAAAAUUUGGCUUUAUAUAGCAUAGCAAUUUUAUUUUGUUAUUUUUAAAGGAGAAGAAAUGUUACUUUUUAACUUUAUACUUAGUUGCAUUGCAAAUUUUCACAUUGGCCUAUAUAGUGGCAAAAAGAGUCUUGUGUUUGGUUUCUGUAGCUGAAACAGGGUUCCUCGGCCUGGCGACUCGGACCACACACUGUGACAGUUCCUGGGUCCCGCGGUCACCGCAGGGAGGGGCGGGGCUCUGCCGGAGCAGCCUGCUUUUUCUGUUUCCCAUGUUGAGAUUCUUCUACAAAUUUCCUGCUAUUAAAAACACCUACUUUUUAA